AUGAUGAAGCCUACGUCUCUUUUCUUCGCCCUGGCUGUUGGCGCUACAACUGUUCUCUCGGCUGCUGUCCCUGGAUGGGCUCCACCUGGAUUGGGAGAUGUUCGUGGCCCUUGCCCUAUGCUUAACACCUUGGCAAACCACGGUUUCUUGCCUCACACAGGAAAGGGAAUUUCCCUCGACAACGCCAUUAACGCGCUCGACACUGCUCUAAACAUCGACUCGAGCUUCGCCAAGUUCUUGUUCAACAAGGCCUUGACCACGAACCCGACCCCCAACGCUACUACAAUCGACUUGAACAUGCUUAGCCGUCACAACAUUCUGGAACACGAUGCUAGUAUCAGCCGACAAGACGCUUACUUCGGACCUGCAGAUGUCUUUGAUGAAGCUGUCUUCAACCAAACCCUCACAUACUUCACCGGUGACAUCAUCACCAUGCAGAUGGCAUCCAACGCUCGUGUUGUCCGUCUGUUGACUUCCAACCUUACGAACCCUGAGUACGAGAUGUCCGUCGACGGUGAAUUCUUCAGCUUGGGUGAAACAGUUGCCUACGUCGCUGUGCUUGGAGACAAGAAGUCCAUGACUGUGCCCAAGAACUAUGUGGAAUACUUCUUCCGAAACCAACGUCUCCCCUACGAGCUUGGCUUCAGCCGAAUGACUGAGAGGCUUACCCAACAGGAGCUCUUCACUCUCGCUUACCAGCUUAGCGACCUCGAGUCCUUCCCUCAGAGCCCGGGUAACGUGUUCGCUAGCAACAAGCCUAACGUCACGGACUUCCAAAACGGUGUCAUCCCCUCCUUCAGCGGUGGCAGCAAGAAGCGCGCCGAGAAGAAGCGCAUUGAGGAGAAGCGUUCCGAGAAGGGUACCAGCGGUGGUUGCCCCUACGGCUUCGCCUAA